CGGAAGUUGACGUCUGGAGGUCGUUCAAGAUUAGACAAGGUGCGCAGAAGAAGCUACGCCAGAAUGGAUCUCUUAGCUAAUUAUGAUGACGAUGGCGAGAAAUCACAAAGCUCCAGCAGUAAUAAACAAGAUCGGGUUGAUGCAUCGUCCAGCCUGCAGGCUGAAUGGGAAUCUUUUGAGAAAAUGAUCUCAGGUCUAAACGAAGACACGGAAAAGCCAACAUCUGUAAAUGACUUCCUUCAGGCCGGAAUAGUGGCAUAUCCAGGCUCAUUCAAAAACAACACAGAAAAUGAAAAGGAGGGGAAUGGAUCAUCAAGUUCUGGGGAAGAAGCAGAAGGCCCUAAAAAGUCCAGAUCAUUUGCUGAAGAUGUAAUGAAGCUAUUCAGAUCAGAAUUUGUUGAAGAGGAACUAGACAUGCCUCCCAGAGCCAGAUCUACCUCACACUCCUCUGGAUCCUCCCACAGCAGUAGAUCUGCCUCAGCCUCUCCAUCCUCAGACAGACAGGAGGAAAAAGAGGAAGACGAGCAGGAGGAGGAACCAGAAAAAGACACCAGUAAAGAGGUUAAAGAAGACAGGAGGCCGUCCACAGAGGGUCAAUCCAGUAGGAAGCGGUCUAGAUCCAGGUCAAGGUCACGUACCAGACGGACGUCACAUUCAAGAAAAAAGUCCCGAUCCAGUCGCUCUAGAUCAAGAUCAAAGAGGAGGAGUGGAGACAGGAAAGGCAGCUCAUCCCGCAGGAGACACAGACGCAGCAGAUCUCGAGACAGAAAACACAGGAGACGAUCCUCUAGAGACAGACAUAGACACAAGAAAGAUAGACGGAGAAGUCGAAGUAGGGACAGACAUCGUAAAAGGAGCCACAGGAGUAGGUCUAGACACCGCAGCAGGUCACCACCGCACAAACACAGGUCUGGAAAGAGCCGUAGUCGCAGCAGAGAUAGGGGACAUCAUCCUGCUCCAUCCUCUUCCAAACCUGAGGGGGAGAAGCAUUUGACAUUUAAAGAGAAGAUGAGACAGCAGUUGUUGAAAGCCAGCAAAUACUUACAGGCAGGGGAAGGUGGACUUGAAGUGGAUGGAACUCCAAAGGAAAAGCCCAGCAAUCUUCCCUUAAGUGAUGGACACAAGAGAUUUUUUGAGGCUCUGGCUUCCUCCACACAGUCCAGUGUUACUCCACAGAUGGCCCUCCUACACACAAUGGCAGCAAUGCACCAGAAGGCUCAAGAAAUGACAGGUGUUGCUGUUCCUAAGUAUUAUAACCCUGCAGCUGUGAAUCCUCUUAAGUAUGCUGAACAGGUCCAGAAAAGGAAAUUAUUGUGGUCCAAAGCAAAGGAGCACAAAGAGGACAAGGAAAAGGAGUGGCAACAUACAGCCUUUAAUCAGGAUGAAAAUGGAAAGAUGGCUACAAAGUUUAAAAAGUUAAUGGGCCUGAAAGACGGGGCAGAUGAGGGUAGUGGUAGUGCAACAGUAGAGACAGAGGAACAGAAGAAAAAACGAGAGGAACUUUUCUCGAGACUGGAUAAAGACUAUGAGUUUGCUCGCAUGACGACUCACACACAGAGGGGUGUAGGUUUGGGGUUCUCCUCCCAGGGAAUCCAACCUCCCUAACUAUGUAUAACAUCCUGUAUUUUUGUGAAGACAUUCUCGUGACAAUCUGGAUCUUGAUCCAAGAAAUGAUUGUCCUUAAUCCCGACUUUUGAUGUGUGAAUUUAUCUGUGAAGGUGAACAAGCUACUUGUGUUUUGUGAAAACCCACAGCAAAAGAUUUUGAAAUGUUCCAAAGUGAUAAUUCUGUGUCAUGAACCCAGAGUACUUCUAAUGAAGGAAUAGCAAAUGUUUGAUAUAAACUUCAAUUUAGUGGACUAGUUAUUUGUAUUUGUUUCAUUUAGAAACAACAUAAUUGUUAUUUAUUUAAAAA